AUGAAGAUAAAAGAUAAAGACUUGACCAUUUCGCUCUUCCCCCACCCUCUUUGGGCAGCUUACCCCUUCACACGGGUCAACAAACCCAACCACACCCAAGCCAGCUAUUCCCCUUCCGUUGCUAGCGCCGCCUCGGUUGUGCGGGCUGCCAGUCAGGGUCCGCUCCAGCGCUCCAACGCUCCAGGGAACAGGGCGAAAGGGAUACCGAGGAAUGCGGUACCGGAGCUCUACCCAUCUAGUAUGUACUUCUACCUCAUCACGCUCGCGGUCGAUGCACGAUGA